UUUGUUUCACUUUAAGAGGCGGAUUCGCCUGUGCACACACUGUGUGUUUAUUACGAGCCUUGAAGUGGCACAUGGAAGCGAUACAGUGCAAUCACAGACUCUAAAUAUGGCGAAACCUACAGUCACGGACAGCACGCGGAGCGACGGGGAAGUUUUUUUGUAUUCUGCAUUUCACAACAGCGAGGAGUAGACGAGUUGUCAUAUUUUCUGUGCGUAUAUUUCGGCUCGUAUCAACUAGUUUCACCAUAUGGUUCUUCUGCUGCCACAUACGCGCAUGUAAAUGCGGCAGCGUUGGCGACUCCCCUCUGCUCCGACACUCACAGCUGGGCAUUAUCGGCUCUUUUGGAGGAACUCUGGAAAGCUGAAGACCGGUAAGGAGAGCAGGGACUGGGAUGGAAGAGCUGUCAAGCCCUAACAGACGCAAGUAAGCGGAGAGAUUCAGUGAAUUAGACGCGAUGGCAGCGUCAAGUAACUCCAGUCUGUCGGGCUCCUCUGUCUCUUCGGAUCCUGAAGAUUAUCAGCCACCAAUAUGGAAGUCCUACUUGUACCAGCUACAGCAGGAAGCACCGAGACCAAAGAGGAUCACAUGUCCUCAGGAGAUGGAAAGCAGACCGAAAUACUAUGGUAGAGAGUUCCACGGUCUGAUUUCCAGAGAGCAAGCAGAUGAACUUCUGGCGGGGACAGAAGGUGCUUAUCUCAUCAGAGAGAGUCAGAGACAGCCAGGAACAUACACACUUGCUUUGAGAUUUGGAGGCCAAACUCUCAACUACCGACUCUUCUAUGAUGGAAAGCACUUUGUGGGAGAAAAACGUUUUGAAUCGGUUCAUGAUCUGGUUACGGAUGGUCUCAUCACUCUCUACAUUGAGACAAAGGCCGCGGAGUACAUCGCUAAGAUGACCACAAACCCCAUUUACCAGCACUUGGGCUAUACUUCUCUUUUGAGGGACAAAAUUACUCACAGACUCAACCGGACCCGAUCUGAGCCCAAAAAAGUCACUUUCCAGCAGGAUGAGAAGAUCAGCCCAUCGCCGCUGAGCAGACGGACCACACUCAAAGAUGGACCAGAGAAACACUGUAACUAUGAGAAGAUACACAACUUUAAGGUGCACACGUUCAGGGGGCCGCACUGGUGUGAAUACUGCGCUAACUUCAUGUGGGGUCUCAUCGCUCAGGGCGUCCGUUGUUCAGACUGUGGACUCAAUGUGCACAAGCAGUGCUCCAAACUGGUGCCCAGUGACUGUCAGCCAGACCUGCGCAGGAUCAAGAAGGUUUUCAGCUGCGAUCUCACCACACUGGUCAAAGCACACAACACGCCGAGGCCCAUGGUUCUGGACAUGUGUAUCAGAGAGAUCGAACACAGAGGUUUGAAAUCAGAGGGUCUGUACAGAGUGUCAGGCUUCACAGAACACAUAGAAGAUGUCCGACUGUCCUUCGAUAGAGAUGGUGAGAAGGCAGACAUCAGUGCCAACAUCUACCCAGACAUUAAUAUAAUUGCUGGUGCUCUGAAGCUGUAUUUGCGAGAUCUGCCCAUUCCAGUUAUCACAUACGACGUCUACUCCAGAUUCAUCCAAGCAGCGAAAAUAACAGACCCUGAUUCCAGACUGGAGGCAGUUCACGACGGUCUCCUCCAGCUUCCUCCAGCCCACUAUGAGACCCUGCGGUACUUGAUGACACACCUGAAGAGAGUCACAAUGUACGAGAAGGACAAUUACAUGAAUUCAGAGAACCUCGGAAUCGUUUUUGGCCCAACGCUCAUGAGGCCACCAGACCUGAACACACUCACCACUCUCAACGACAUGAGAUACCAAAAACUGAUAGUUCAGCUCCUCAUCGAGCACGAGGACAUCUUGUUUUAAAACAAAACAGCUGAAAUGAAGACUUCACAGACUUUAAAGAGCGUGUACAUUUUUAAAAAGCAGCCACACAUUUCGUAAGAUGGUGCUGCACUUAUGUGUUUCAAUGUGGUUUGACCGGUAAACUAUAGCCCUUUUCAAACUGUCAGUCCAAAUCCGCACUGCAAAGAAAAUAUCUGUUAAAGAACAAUUAUUAUGUUUUGUGAUUCACAAAUGUUUUUCUAUUUAUUUACGGCUGGGAAUUGCAUUAUGGGACUGUUAUCUCUGCUCUGUCCACUUUUGAUGUUGAAAAUUCA